AUGGAAGUGAACCAAACAAGAAAUCCCAUUUCAUCUGAAACUGAUAUUCUGAUCAAAUCAAAUGAAAUGUAUCUCCAUUCUGAUGGAUUUUACCCUUAGUCUGCCAAUUUAGAGUAUCAACCCAUUUAACCAUUUAGAUCAAAACUAAUCCUUUUGGACACCUUAUUUAAUAUCUACUCUGUCCAAUGUGAAAAUUUUGACAUCAAGGUCUCCACAGAUGAAGUCAUCUAAUUCAACAAAGAGAUAAUUAUGAAGCAAUAGAAAUCUGGCAAAUAUUUAUAAGCAAUAUACAUCAAAGAUAAAUGGACUAUAUAAUUAACAGAAGAACUUGAUAAGACCUGCUUGUUCUCCAUAUAACCUUGUUUCAAAUCAUAAAUUAUUAAUCAAAAUUGCGUCACUUUAUACAAUGAAGUCCACAUUAGUUUGUCUCCCAAUAACGAUGCUUAAGGAGAUGCCUAAGAUUGCUAUCUGACUUGGGAUUCAAAACAAAUUACAUUUACUAAUGAAGUUCAUCUAGCCUCAAAUUUCAUAUUUGAAACAAUCAAUAAGGCCAUAAGUAAAUUAUCUUAUGGUUCUUUAAUUAAAAUAAAGUUAAUUGAAAAGAAUGCUUAUUUAGCAAUGACUACCAAAAAAUCUGCCUUGAUAUAAACCAAAAAUCUAAUUAACUAAUCAAAUGCCGACAUCCAAUACAAUGCUCUAUUCUCUAAAAAUUUAAUUGUGACUUGGUAAGAGUAGGAAGAAACAUCUGAAUUUGAUUUAUGGAGAAUCUAUCACCCUCAAAAAGCCUUCUAACAAAUUAAUUUGAAUGAUUCCUUUUAUCUUUAAAAUGUUGCAAGUAAUUAAUACAUCUCAUUGACUAAUAUUGUAAAUAAUUUUAAGGAGGCCUCUCUUUUUUAAUUCUAAGAAAUCAAUGCUAGUAAUCAUUUUAUCAGUGGAUUUAUUUUACAUUAAGAUAAAUAUUUCACUUCCUCACAACUAUAUCAACAAAACUCUUUGUUUUAUUAGCUAGAAUACAAAUCAUAGGUCACUAAAGAAGAUUAAUUAUUAUUGGAAGUAUAAAGUAGUACAAGUCAAACUCAAAUCAAUUGGCUUCAUAGUGCAGUCAAUAGUAUUCAAAAUGCAAUUCAUGUUUUUACAUAGAAUUAAGAAUUAAUAUAACAAUCAAUUAGAUCCAAUUAAUAAAAUAAUCCUAAAUUUGAAUCAAUUUAUGAAUUAUGUAAUCAACUCAUCCAAAUCCUGUCUGAUUUGAUUUGCUUUUGUUUGGAAAAUGGAUUUACAUUAAAAGUUAUUGAUAGAAAUUCUAUCUUUAAUUCCAGAAAAAAUAGAAGAAAUCAAGAUCUGCUUAAACGAUAUUAUAUCAUCUAAUAUCUAAAUUAAUUAUUAGAACUUAUCUCUUGGGAUGAUCAAUUAACUUAAUUAUAUAAUGAGGUUGACUUUCUCCUCUCAGAAGAAUUAGAAUAAAGUUUAAGAUUGAGAAAUCAGAUUCAAAAAGUCUUGAAGACUAUAUUCUUAUUUUUCUCUGCUUUUGGAGCAUACAAUGAAUAAAAUGGUCUCUUUAUUUUGUAUAGCUAUUCAAAAUUUGUUUAGCUUCUAGGAUGCCAUAUAGGAGCAUUUGAUUGUUUAAUCCAAAUAUUUUCAACUAAUCAAACUCUCAUUCCUACUGCAUCCUCUCUCUUUUUUAAUCAAUCAGUAAAUCAAAUUUAGCAGAAUGAAAUUACACUCAUAGAUUUGAUUUUUCAAAGGGGCUAACAAUUAUAUGGGUCUAAAAUUAGAUCAUUUUGGUCUAAUAUCCCCAAGUUCCUAUAAAUUCUUUGUUUUUAGAAUGAUUUUCCAUAUAAAAAUAAUCAAAAAGCCAUAGGUGUAAAUUUGAAGGCUGAUUCCUUCAUAUUUUCUAAGCUGUUCGUUCAUAAGGAUGAUCAAUUCUUUUAUUUAAAUGUAGAAGAUCAAUAAAUAGAGUUAAAUCAAAUUUAUCAGAGCAGCUUCAAGAAAAAUUUAGAUAUGAUUCAAGAUGUAUAAUAAUGCAAAAGGUUCGUUGAUGAAUACCUAAAUUUGGUUGGUUCUCUUUGCCAAAAUAGAAAUGUGUCAAAUAUAAUGUAUUUUAAAAAUAUAUUCCCUAAAGAACAUCUCGUUUCAUAUGUGAGCGAUCUAAAGAAUGAUGAUUAUCUUAGAUGCAAAUUAAUUGCUAUUUUAAUUAAUUUAUACAUAGAUUUUCAUCCAUUUUAUAAAAUCUAAAUUCCAAAAUUAAUAUUUAAAAGCUACAGAUAAUAAAUAGAAGAAGAUUUUGAUGAAGAAUUAUUAUAAAUAAACAAUUAGAAAAUUAAUGAAGACGAUAUUAAAUUCAUCGAAAGUAUUUAAGUAAUAGUUUAGAACUAUUUAAAAAAGAAUUUUAUCUAAUAAAACAAAGUUAAUUUAUGCAUAAGGAAUUAUUAAAUGUUAAAUAUGUAUUUAUAAUUACUCAGUUUCAAAUUGCCAAAUUAAAAUUAAUAACUUAAAAGAAAUAAUAACAAUAAUAAUAAUAGUUUUAUAGAUCCUAAAUUUUUUCUAUAUUUCGAAUUCUUAAUUUUAGCAUUUUCACUCCUUCCAGAUUCCAUUUCUGAAAAAUCUCCUAAUUAAGACUUAUUACAAUAAUUUGAAUAAUUUUCAGAAGACAGAAAUGUGUUUAAUCUCCUUACUAAAUGUUUCAUUGAAUUCGUAUAUUACUUAGCAGAGAUUUUUGAAAAGGAUAUCAUUCAAAAAUGUUUAAAUAAUAAUGAUCCAAAUCUAAGAGACAAAAUUAAAAUAAGUUUAAGCAUACCUGGAUAAUAUAUUGACAUAUCUAAUACCCUAUUGAAGCUAUUAUCUCACAAAUAAUUGGCAUCUCAAAUAAAACUUAAAAUUUUUAAUUUAAUUGAAAAACUACAUUAGCCUAAGAAAGCUAUAUUACUAAGGUUUGAAUAAUGUAUGAUUUUAGAAAAAUAAAUUGAAAUUGAUAUAUGCAAGGAAAUUGAAGAAAUAAAUUAUAAGCUGUUAACAUUAUUAUAUAAUGAAAAUAUUCAGUAGCAACAUUAAAAUCUUAUUUAAUUUUUGAGGAAUUUCAAUUAAAAAAUGGAUGGGUCUGAAUAUUUAUUAAUAUCUCAAAGGAUAAUUAGGAUUUAAAAUCUUGAUUAGACUAUCUUUGAUAUCCUCAUAAGUUUCAUGUAAUAGUGUAGAGAUAUAACUCUCAGAAUGUAACAAAGUGUUGGAAAUUAUUAGAAUACAAAUUAAGAUGAAAAUAUCAUUUAAUUAUGCCAAGAGCUAUUUAAAUUGUUGAGGAUCACUUGUAAAAAUAAUCAUCAUAAUAAAAUUAAAAUCAUGAAAUAAUUUGAUGUAAUUGAAUAAUUUUUUACAAUUGUUGAUCUAGGAUAAUUUAAUUUGCUUAUUACUAUUUAUGAUAAUUCUUUUGACUUAAUUGAUUGCAUAAGUCCUAAAACUAUAUAUUUAUUAUUUGAAAACAUAUGCGUUGGAACUCUGAGAAUAUUGUAAUGCAUAUUAUGUUAAUAAAAUAUGAUCUCACAUAAAAAUCUUGUACUAAUAUUUCAAUAAAUAUCGUCAAGAUCAUAAUUCAAUGAGAUCAUUGGUUUAGGAUCAUAAAACUUAACGAAGUUAUUCAUACUCGAUUAACCAUAAUCUCUAUAAACAUUAAUGCUAUUUGGAAAAGCUCCUUAUAUAUUAUAAGUCUAAGGAUAUGGAUUUCUAAUUAAUUUAAUUUAAUUAUUUAUUUCGACAAGCCAAAGCAAUUAAAAUGAGAUUUAUUAUAAUUUUAGAGUGCAAUAAUAAAAAGAAAAUAAUCAUCAAUCAUAAUCAAACAAUAAGCUUCAUCACAGCUUACUAUAAAAUUGUUUCUCAUAUGUUAAUUUAUUUCGAUUAAUUUUCACUUUAGAAGAUAUAUUUUCAAUCCAGAUAAGAAAUUGGUAAGCAGAUUAAUCAUAAUAAUUAUAAAAGAAGGAUUUAAAUUAAAUAUUCUUGAAUACAAUUUUGAAACAUUAAUUAUUAAAAUUUCUUAAUCUACUGUUAACUCAAAGCGAAUUCUCUAAUUAUGAUGAUGAAUACAUAGAGUUUGUUAAGAAGUUCAUCAGUUAUGAAAGGAAACUUUUUACUAUUUAGAUUAUGUCUAUUGAAUAUUCAACAUAUAUUGAUAACAUUUAAAAUCAAAAUAAAUUGAAAUUGCUCUCUAAAUUGUAUAAAGAUCAUCACAAUAUCUAAUAAAGUGAAUUUUAAAUGAUUUCUGAAUAUUUGAUUGACUAGUAUUUUGAAUGUUUUCUAUUCAAUAAUUAUUCUAUUUUACUUUUUGAUCUAAGUUUAAAUUUAGCAUAAAAAUUAUCAGAAUAUAUUGAUACAUUGGAAGAUUCAUCUACGAAAUCUAAAUCAAAUAGAAAUUCAUCAACUUUAAUUUUUAAGAAGAAAAGCCAAUCUGUAUCUCUGAUUGAUUUUGGAACUAAUGAAUCGAAUAAUCUAUCAUAAAAAUUAAGUCCAUUUAAUGAACUCAAAGUUUAAAUGGAUGAUCUCAUUUACUCCAUUGAAUAACACUUAAAUGAUAAAUUAACCACAGAUGAAAUCAAAGAGAAUUAAGAUUUUCUUUAUCUGAAAUAAUAACAAUUGAAGUUACUUUAUUUAAGAUAAUUAGAUUUUAAAGGUUUCAAAUUUGAGUAAUAAUAAAUUCAAAAGAAUAAUCUUAAUUAAGAUGUAUAUCUAAAUCCUGAAUAUUUUAAUGAUUCAAGAAUUCAUGAAAUAAUCAAGAUUUAAGGAUUACUUGAUAGUAAAAUUCUGAAAAAUGUUAUUGAAAUAUUAACCAAUACACAUUAAGACCAAGCAGAAGAAAACUUUUAGAUGUAUAAGCAAAUUUAUUUAAGAUUAUAAUUAAUGAAUUAAAAUUAUGAGAUUCAAAUUGAGAAUUUUCCUAAAAUUAUCUUGCCUUUAGUAAGAAUCUUAAAAUAAAGUUUGAAUAAUCUGAUUAGUAACUAUUAAGGAGUUUUAAAUAUUCUUGAAUUCUUAUGGUAACUCUUGGAUAUUCACACGUAUAUAAGAGCAGAUUAUGAGUAAACAGUGUCACAAUAUAUAAUGAAUUAGAAGGACAUAUACAAAAGUUAGAGUGAAUAGAUUUUAUAGAACAAGGCUAUCAAAUAAAUACAAAAUUUAAUAUGCAAUGAAGGAUUUUUUGAGAUCUUUAUAUAAUUUUGUGAUUCAUAUCAAAAUUUAAGAGUUAUUCCUUUUGCAGAGCUUGGAUCUAUAAACUAAGAUUUAAAGGAUUAAAUGUAUUAUAAAUUUUUAUUAGUCUCAACGAAAUUGAUUAGAGGAUAAGAAUAAGCAAAUAAGUUGGCUUAAGAAAAACUUAUUUCAGUAAUGAAAAACGCCCAAAGCAACUCAUUGCUGAAGAUAUUUUGUUUGAAUUUUAAUAGCUUCUAAAAAUAGAAUGAUACUCAAAAGAUGAGAAAUGAGACUGUUUAAAAUUUAAAUCGUAUUUUGUUUUCGUAUGAAUUCAAUCAAGGUCACAGACUAGAAAGGAAGAAUAACUCUUAAAAAUUAGGGAUUAUUAAUAUACAAAUUAGAUUUUUAUAAUUAAUAGCUGAAGAUCACUUUAAACCAGCUUAGGAUUUUUUGAGGAUUUAAGAAGGAUUCUCUUAAAAUUAUGAUAUGAUAUAAUAACUGUAAGAUAUAUUAUUCAAUCAUUUUGUUUAAGAAACAUUCAUAAAUCUCAGUUUUGAUGAUUAUGUAUUGAUAGUUGGAUGUUUUGAUUGUAUAAAAGAAUUAAUUCAGGGACCAUGUCAUGAAAAUUAAAUGAAAAUAUGCUCAAUACAAUUCUUAAAAUUGUGCUAUAAACUUCUCAAUUUUGAUGAUUCUCAUGGCAAAUUUACAGCAAUGUACAGUAAUCUGACUAAAGAUCAGCAAAAGAUUUUAAAUAGAUCUAGGGAAAAAACAUAAGGUGAAUUUAAUAAAUUAAUAGUAAGUUAAAAAAAAACAUAGAUUUAAUAGGAAUAUGUAGAAUAUUAUAAAAAAUAUCCAACAUAUUGCAAAAAGAUUUUAUAAUCUUUUAGAAAAAGUAAUAACAUCAAUUAUAGAAUGUUUAUGCUAUCUGAAAUUAAGUACAGAUGUUCUACUACAUUAGAAUCUUUAACUGAUGACUAACAGACUUCUUCUGAAACCUUAGAAAAAAUAAAUAGUAUAAUUAGUGAGAAGUUAGUUAUCAAGAAUAUUGCAAUUUAAUAUGAAAAGUUCAAAAUUCUCCAUUCAUCUGGUAAAAAUUACACAAAUACAAUAUUUUCUCAUUUAUUUGGGGAUCAACCAAAAUUAUCAAUUCUUAAUUAAGAAACUAUCUCUGAUUCUGAUAGACUUUGGAAUAUCGAAGAGACCAUCAAUGUAGAUGUUGCAGUAAGAGAUUUUUGUGAUUCCUUUAUUAUUGAAACUGGAUUUUCUCUAUAUAAUAUUUUAGCCUAAAUCUUUUAACAUAAAAAUAUGGAUGUUUUAGAAAGAAUUUAUGAAUAAAUCGAUUCAGAGAAAACAUAAAAGAAAUAACUAAAGUAGUUGCUACUUUAUAAAUUAUAUCAGUCCUGGUUUUAAUUGCAAAAAAUUACUGAAAUGGUUACUAAUAAUGUUCUCAAAGGGAAAUAAAAAGAAGCAAUCAAUGAUAAAAUCUUCUUUAAAAUUUACAAUUCUAAGAUAAUUCAAUAGGAUAAGUAUUAAUUAAAAUAGCACGAUACUGAAAAUAAUUCUGAAAAAGAUAAAGAAGUAGAAAAAGAUUUUUAAUAGAAGAAACUUGGGUAUAGAGCUUUAAGAUUCUAUGCUACUAGAUCAGGAUCAAUAGAAAUAAUUCUGCCUUCAAAGCAGAUCAAGUAAGUGAUAUUUCCACUGUUACCUCAUUGUUUUUCAUUAAACAAUUCAAUUAAACAGAAGUUUAGUAAAGAUAUUGAUCGAACAACUUAAUAAACCAAAGUUGAAUCUAUACUUUAUAAUUCUAAUAAGACAAUUCAAAAAUUGAAAACGGAAUACAAAUUUCAAUUAUUGUAUAAAAGACACUUUUUAGUUAAUAUGAUAGCUGGUAAUCAAGAGAUUUGGAAACAAAUUAUAUUUUAUGUUAUUGUAAUGUAGAAUAUUAUGAUUUUGUUAACAAAUAAUGGAAGAUAUGAUCAUGUACUUGAUGAUUUUCUAUUGGCCUUAAAUAUUAUUUAAAUAAUAUUGUAAUUCGUUUGCUUUUUCAUUUUUAUCAUAAGAAAACUACCGUAUUUGAGAAUAAAGGCUCAGGAAAUUGUAAUUGAAAGAUAAAUAAACAGAAUAAGAAAAAGGGAAAUAAAAUAUAAAUAUUUAGAUAAUUCAUAAAGCGUUGUGUUAUAGGAAGACUUUAUCUUAGAAAAAACAGAUAAGUUUUUGCUCGAAUAAAAUAAAUUUGUAAGAUUUUAUUAAAAUGUUACUGAUAGGUUAGUCUUAUUUAAAUAUAUAUUUUUUGAUUAUGAAAUGAUCUAUUUUUUAAUAUUUACUUCAAUAGCGAUUUCAGGAUUGUUUACAAAAACAUUAUUAGCAUUACUUCUACUUGAUGUAUUUUGGAGAUUUCCAGUGCUAACAGCAAUGAUAAACUCCGUUUGGCGCCCAAUAAUAUAAAUUUUACUUACAUUGGCUCUUUUUUUCAUACUUUAGUAUUAUUAUUCUUUACUAAUUUAUGAUUUCUACUCUGAAGACACUAACUAUACUCCAUAUUGUUAAAGCUUGUUGCAAUGCUUUUCGUUCAUUCUGGAUGUAACAUUUAAAAAGGAUAGUGGGUCUGCAGGGUAUGUUGCAGCGUCUAAUGGUAUUAGUUCCACCUAUGCAAAUCCCGAUUUCCGUUUUAGUAUACUCAACUUUUGGGAAUUCUGCUAUUAUUUCUUUGUAAUCAGUUUAACCUAUUCCAUCUUCACUGGAUUGAUCUUAGAUUCAUUUGGGGCUGAUAGAGAAGAAGCAGAAGAACUGGAAGCUGACAUUAAAGAAUUGUGUUUGGUUUGCGGUAUAGACAAGGGGAUCAUAGAAAAGAAAACUAAACACAAGAAGGGAUUCAGAUUUCAUGUGAAGAAUGAGCAUUAUGUUUGGAAUUAUAUCUUCUUUAUUUCCUACCUUCAAGGGAAAAAGAAGUCUGAAUAUAACGGCAUUGAAAGUUAUAUCGAUGAGGAAUUAAAGAGGGAAAGCAUUUCAUGGUUUCCUAUUAAUAGAUCCUUAUCGAUAAUUGAGUAAGAUGAUGUGGAUUAAAUUGAUCAAAUGAUAGAUCAAUAAAUAUUGAAGAUUUCUCAAACCUUAGAUACCAAAUUGUAUGAGAGGGGUCUUAACAAAAACCUCAAUUAGAGUUGA